AACAGAGGAAGGAAAAGAUGCGGUUCAAGAUGGGAAGCGUCCUGCUGUCUCUUCUUUUCUGGUACAAAGCUGUGAUGGCCCUCUCCCCAGGAGAGGAAGAAAGACAGGAGCUGUGGCACAGCAAGGCCUGCAAAUGCGAUUGCCAAGGAGGUCCCAACUCAUUGUGGUCCAGCGGGACUAAUGGCCUAGAGUGCAUGCCAGAGUGCCCCUACCACAAGCCCCUGGGCUUCGAGUCUGGUGCUGUCACCUCCGACCAGAUAAGCUGCUCCAACCCUGAGCAGUACACAGGCUGGUACUCCUCCUGGACAGCCAACAAGGCUCGUCUCAACGGCCAAGGCUUUGGGUGUGCGUGGCUUUCCAAGUACCAGGACAACGGACAGUGGCUGCAGAUUGACCUGAAGGAGGUGAAGGUGAUCUCGGGAAUCCUCACACAAGGGCGCUGCGAUGCCGAUGAGUGGAUGACCAAGUACAGCAUGCAGUACCGUACCGACGAAAACCUCAACUGGGUUUACUACAAGGACCAGACCGGAAACAACCGGGUUUUCUACGGCAACUCAGACCGCUCAUCCUCGGUUCAGAACCUGCUACGGCCGCCCAUCAUAGCCCGCUACAUCCGCCUCAUCCCGUUGGGCUGGCACGUGCGCAUUGCCAUCCGCAUGGAGCUCCUCGAGUGCAUGGGCAAGUGCGGCUGAAUGCCGUCUCCUGGGGCAGAUGUGCAGGUGUUCGGCUGUGCAGCCAGCCCGCCUCAUCACCGACGCCGGCUGGGGCCAUAGGCCUGCAGUGUAAAGGCCCAGCCUGCAAAUGGAAGGGCUGUCUUGAAUAAAA